AUGGCGGCCGAGGAGGAGCGGCGCAGGGCGGGUCGUGCUGGUGGUGGCCACCGCGGUCCUGGUGCUGCUGACGGGCGGAGGCGCGGCGACAAGGGCAAGGAGCAGCCCCCAGCCGAGGACCUGCGGUCGGCCUCCCGCAGCACGAACGAGCGGGCCCCUGCGCGGCGUCGGGCUCGGCGGGGCCACCCACGCUCCGACGGCGAAGCGGAUGCCUCGGGUUCGCCGGCCAGUGAUCGUGCGCGCCAUGGACCUGGAGGACUCGAUCGCGCCGCCCAGGAUGAGCUCGCGGCUGCUUCCGAGGCGGCGGCCACCUUCCCCUCGCAGGAGCGUCAGGCCAUGCAACUGGAGCAGGCGCCCGCUGGCAACCCGCAAGCUGGACCUCAGCAUGCUCCUCCUGACCCGUGGCAACGCCUUGGUGGGGACCCUUGGCAUGAUCGUGCUGCCCCCGCUGAUGGACACUCUGAACCUCCUGCUGCUGGCACUCCCAUCGGUGGGAUGGCCACUCCUGUGGACGCUGGCGGCAUGGACAUGCAGGCCAUGUUGCAGAGCUGCAUUCGCCAGGCCACCGACGCCAUCGCCGCGACCUCCAUGGCCCAGGUCACUUCCUGCCAGACGCAGCUGGUGCGCAUGUUUCAGACCCAGCAGGAGGCUGUCAACAGGUCCCUCGCCGUGCAGACGCGCGACAUCGCAUCCAUCGGUCAGCGCGCCGACGCCCUGGAGGCGGAGCAGGCUGCCAUGCGCAAGCAGAUCGGGGACAUCAACAAGGCCCUGGCCCUCGCCGAGAAGGAGCUGCCCAUCAUGGACUUUCAAGAGCUGGAGGCGUGGUCUCGUCAACCCAACCCGCGGAUCUUCUCGAUUGGAGCGCCGCAGUUGGUUGGACCCGCCCAAGCUCUGCAAGGAUUGGAGGAGUGGAUUCGCGCGGCUGGCCUCACCAACGACAUGGUCCGCAUCGACCCUGCGGUCCCCUCCAAGCGCUUCAACGUCUUGGUGCAGGGCGGCGACGGUGUCGCUCUCCCUCGGGCCCAAGCACUUGCACGGCAGCUACGUGACCCAGCUGGCAGGAACGGAUGGCGCUCCUUCAGCGCCCAGAGCGUCGGCGGUGGCGCCGUCCCGCUGUACCUCUCGCCCGACAAGUCUCCGCAGCAAGUUCGGAUGGAGAUUCAGUCGAGGAGGCUCUCGGCUCUGCUGGCAGAAGCUCAUCCUGAUCUGUCUUUCAGUGCUCAGCGGGCCCGUGGCAUCGUCACCUCCCAGGGCGUCAAGGUUGCCAAGCUCGAGAUGGGCGAAUCCCGCUACACCGACACUAUCAUCAGGUGGAACCCAGACAUGGUCGCCAGGCUGCACAUCGACAGGGAGUCCAUCAACACGCAGUUCAAGAAGGCCUUCUCCACGGAGGACAACACCGAGCUGCGCAGACGCAAGUUGGCACUGCUCGCCACAUACAUGAAGGUCAACGCCAUCAUCGCCGUGCAGGAGGUCCACGGCUCCGAGGACGCCCUCAGGAUCUUCCUCCAGUCGCAGCCGCAGAAGUACUUGAGCUUCCUAUCGCCUGUGGCGGUCGGCCGCGCGGCGCUCCUCGCGAUCACCGACAGCACGGGCAAGUGCAGCAUGCAGAUCUUCAACAUCCACAACUACGACCUCAAGCCGCACGAGUUCACUGCAGCACAGCGCACUUGGUCCAGUGGCCUGGCGUGGGCGCGCCGAGACUCGUUACACCGCAUCUUCCUGGGCGUCGGUGACUUCAACAUAGCUACCCGCCCACCAGUCAGUCAACGAGCACCCUCAGACUCUACGGCUUGGCGCCUCCGACCUGAUCACCGCUGCCAACUUCGGCAACCUGCGUGGCGCCGUCUAUUCGCUGCAGCCAUGGAGGUUGAGUCUCAAUGGCCGACCCACUACGACAAGUCCUGCAAGCAGCUGUCCACGAUCGACCGCAUCUUCUUGGGCAUCGACGCGCACGCCAUGCUCUCGGUCUCGACGAUCCUUACCACGGCGAGGGACGCGAUGGAGCUCUCCGAGGCGGGCAUCAGCGACCACGCGCCCCUCGUCCUGCAGAUCACUGCCGCACGCCAUGUCCCACGAGACGAGCAGCCAAUCCCGUCGCACCUCUUCAACCACAGGAAGUACCCCGUGACCUACACGCUCAUGCUGGACCACUGCGCCCUGGCUGGGGAAACGGCGGAAGGCCGCUGGAGAGCAGCGAAGCAGUGCAUGAAGCUUGCUGCGCGACGUGUUCGUGAUGAACAGCUGCGGACCAACUUCUCCCUACACGUCAAGGACUCCACGGUCGAGACCUCGCACAUGGGUUUCAAAUCGGCGGCGCGAGCAGUCUGGCGACAGGACGUUGUCCUGGCAGGUAGGCUUCUCGGCUCCUGCCCUGCGCUGGCCGCCCACCUCCACAUUGCCGACGGCACCGUGCGCCUCGUGGACCCCCACAGCUUUGCCACCAACUUCGACGCCAUCGCCGAGCGGGUGCACUCCCUGCGCAGGCAGGCGGCGGAGGCAGCAGCUCGGACGGCCAACGUGCGCGACAGCGCAGCCUGGCGGAGGGUUGAACGCAAGGCCGCCAGACAUGCGCAGCUCUGGGUCCCGUGGCGGCGCCGCAUGAUCCUCUCGGGCUUGCGCGUGGAUUCCGCACCGUGUGCCGCCAAGGACUCGCAGGUGGCUCAGCACGUGGUCUCCGACCCCGCGGGCAUGAAGGCGACUGUGGCGAACUACUGGGGUGAGAUCUUCGCGAAGGUGCCGAAUUCUGAACAGCUCAAGGCAUUGGGCGCCUUCCUGGACAAGCACGCACCAAGGAACCCUGCGGCCUUCCCCUCGCUCUUCAGGGAAGUCAUCGAGAAGGUCCUCCCGCGCUUCGGGGUCCCGCUGGGCUUCCGCAACGUGAUCGCGGCGCUCUACAGCAACUGCCUCGCCUUCAGCUCCUUCCGCGCCGAGGGCACCAGCGCGGAGCUCGAGCCGCUGUUCGCCAUAGACUACACCUUCGUCUCCAUAGAGCUUGCCUUCAACCUGCAGCUGGCCCUGCACAAGUGCGUGCUGGUCCCGCUGUGGGAGGAGCUAACGGAGGACACACUGCUGAACGUUAAGUCUUUCCUCGCCAAGGAGGUCCCCCGCUGGCUGGGCUUCCGCGUCGACUCCACGGCCAAGUACCUGGGUACUCACCUGGGCCCAGGCGUCACGGACUUCGGCAUCUGGAAGGCUGCUGCGGGGAAAUGGUGGACCCGCUGCUGGGAGCUGGCGCGCACUGGCAUGGCCACCAGCCUUGCGGCCCGCGCGUACAACAUCAACGCGCUUCCGUGCCUGUCGUACCUCGCGCAGUUCUACUUCAUCGUGCCUGCCAUCUGGAAGGUCGAGUUCACCUCCCUGCACCGCCUGCUGCGGCUGCCACCCUCGUCCAUGCGCAAGGCUGACAUCCUAUCGAUGAGCGCGUGGUGCGGCUCCCCGUCGCCGAUUGGCCUCUUCCCAUGCACGCUCGCGGCGAUGAUGCGCUCGGCCGAGAACACGGUGCGCGGAUGGGAAGCCCACCUUCACCACCUUCAUGAAGCUGCCGUGGAGCAUGUCCCACUGAUUGACGUGAUCAAGGGCAACUGGUCUCCGCCGUGGUGGCGGGCGCGGAGGGCGAUCGUGCAGAACUACGCCAUGAUCUCGGACGCCUACGGCCAGCUGGACAUACCCAGACCGACGCUCGACGUGCUCUCGGUCCCGAUCCCGAGCAGGUACCUCAAGAUCGCGAAGUCGGCGAUGACCCUGGAGACGAAGACGGCGGCAGCGGCCACUCCCUCCAGGAAGCCCAAGCGCCAGGCCACGGCCGCCGCUUCGCUCCGUGGCUCGCUGUACCCCGAGGACCUGGUGGCCACUAUCCACCGGCGGCUGCGCAGGUGGGGUGUCGAGUGCUCUCUGCCCGUGCUGCGCGAGAGGUGGCCUCCGCUGCGUAGCAAGCUGACGGAGGUCCGCCCUGCUUGGAUGUGGUCGUGGAUGCGCACCGCGGUCAACGGCUGGACGACAUCGCGUCGCAUGAGCGCCGUCAUCGACGCGCGUCCAUGCCUCUUCGGCUGCGACGAGGAGGACGCGCUCGAGCACUACAUCGCCUGCCCGAUCCUCAGGGCGAUGACUGCGGGCGACGCGGGCGCGGACUCCCUGGGCAACGGCCCCGAGCUCCUCGGCUUCGGCGACGAGCAGUAUCACGCGAAGCGACCCAUCACGGAUUGCAUCUACGCGGUCGGCCUCAUGUGCCAGUGCUACCACAUCCAGAAGCACCGCAUGGACGUGGGCCUGGACGCUGGAGCUGACCAACGGGCUGGUGUGAGACUGGCCGCGCUGCACCGCAUGCAAGCAUAG